AAAUAAAAAUCAAAUCUUUAUUCUUCUUCUUUCCAUUAGAAUAAAAAUCAAAUCGACAGAAAAUAUCCAUGGCGAUUGAAUAUGAUGGUGAAAUUUAUCAACUCGUAAACGCAGAGGACGAUGUGGACAGCAAUACCAUACCAGAUGAUGCUGAUCAGUGUCUUGAUGCCCUCUUAUCUGGAGCUGUCGACAUGGACAAAUUGCUAAGUUCUUAUUUGCUGCUUUGGGCUGAGCAUGAAAAUGAAAGAGCAGAAUGCAAGAAGAGGUUUGAGAAAUGUUCCAGAAAGAAACUUCGACUGUUUUGCGAUUACCUAAGAAUCCAGGAUGCUUCUUCUUUCGGAAAGGCAGAUCUUGUACGGAAAAUAAUUGAUUGGGUGGAACAUAAAGCUGCUGAGGAGAUGCAUAAAAAGAACCAGGAGGAGGAGCUCAAGAAGAGAAGGAAACUAGGAGGACCUAGCUAUGGAGAUAUACAGACAGCUCUUUGGAAAGCCUUAAAGAUAGCUGGGAAACGGAAACCUCAUAAUAAUCUUGUCAAGAUUGCGAGCACAAUUCUUGAAAAGAAGUUGGACGCUGAGGAUGAAAAGGUAAAAAGGGCACUGUUGUAUGUGUUGGAAAAUUUUGAUGGCAAUUGGAGAGAAGGAAGUAGCAAGCAAUGAAAAAUAACAACACACAGAAGGUGCUGCUGAGUGACAAGGUGGUGGGGAGAGCUUCUUGUUUGCUAUACGAGUCUGUAUGUGGGUUCUGUGCUGUGUUAUAAAUGUUAAUUUAUUAGAGUUAACUUAUGUCCCUUCGCUUAUAUAACUUAUAUUUAUUAGAAUGAUUUCCCUUCGCUUUGUGUUAACUUAUGUGAAAUCCAGUGGAAGUAGCCAGCCUUAAUUAAUCACUUUAAAAAAUAAUAAUAGUAAUAAUAAUAAUAAUAUUGCUUUUGUGGUUUUAAAGCA